CGAAACUAUGAUGAACGAGAAACUGAACAUGGAAUCCUUUGACAAUCUCACUGAGGAAGAGUUUUCUUUGAUGUUCCAGAAGAACCCCAAGAUCUUUGAAGUUCUCCUGGACAUUCACAAGCAACUGCAAGCGCUGUUCACAGAGUCGUUCAAGAAGGCUCAAACUGAGAUCCCUCUCACUGUCAUCUCCAAAUAUUUCAAUGAGGAUUUGGACCAGGCGACCAGUCGAGCUUCGACUGCCCGGAGUGUGGGAAAGAAGUCAGCCAAGACUGAGAGCAGGCCAACUUACAACGCAUAUCGACCGGUGAAAGGCUUCCGAGCGAUCCGACGGCUUUCGAGGGAUGACGACUUGAUCUUCAUGGAGAUGAGGAGGGGGAGAAAUUCUCCCAUGGGAUCAGCAAGGAAAUUCUCCAAGGAUGACAUCUCUAUUGAAGAGGUUAAGCAUCAGCAGAAAAAAUUAACGGAAUGGCUGGAUGAUCGUACAGUACACGACUUUUGACAGAGCAUUGUCAAUGACGAGGGGGUGAGGGUCAUUCUUUACAUUUCAGCGAGGGGUAGGGGUGGAGUAGGUGGGGUAUUCUUUCUUGUAAUAUAAUAGCGUGACUAUGAAA